AUGCUAUCGAAAAGAUCUGAUUACCUCAAGCGAGACCCCGAGAACUCCAACGUUGUCUGCGGAAAGUGUUCGGCUCGCGGCCAUGCGUUGAUCGAUUGCAUCUGGACAGGCCCUUUCGGCAACAUUGACGGAUGCCCCUUGUGCAACACAACACAGCAUCGCCUUGACGAUUGCCGGGAGUUCCACGGAAUGGAAAGGGAAAGGUGGAUUUCAACACCAUUACUUCGUCAUUUGUCGGUAGUUCGACGCGCACAUAAACCACCGAUCCUGACCAUGCGUUGUUGGCCCAGAUUUGAAAGCACCAUUCGUCAUGGGUAUCAGAAUGAUGGUUUCAUACAUCCAGUUGGCCAUCCCUGGACCAAACCUUUUGCCAUGAAGGUCUGGAGGGAUACAUUCAAAGACGUCAACAAGCAAUUCUGGCCCACAUACGACUACACCAAGAAUUCCGAUAACCAGAGUCACCUCCAGGCGGGCUCAAUGACUAGGGACUGGGAAACCAUCCUGCAGAACGACGAUUUGAUCCUAGAAGACCAAAGGCAGCAUGGAUGGAACGUCAACAAGACCGUUUACUGGUGA